CCCGUCCUCCACCCAUGGUGCCCUCGCUGAGCGUCGCGCUCAGCGCCCUGCUCGCGCUCAGCGCACUCGUCGUCGCCGAGUCUCCCGCGCCGCGCACCUACACGCUGCUGCACCGCCAUCUCUCUGCCUCUGCUUCGCCCGCCUGGCAGCUGCGCGGGCACGUCUCGCUCGAGCCGAGCCUGAGCGCGCUGCACGGCGUCGACGCGCUCUUGCAGGCACAGGCUCAGCCGCACGAGGUGCUGCACGGCGACAAGGGGUGGUACCAGGUGCUGCUGCAGCCGGGAGAUGUGAGCCCGGGCGGCAGCAACGUGCCCGCCGAUGCGUGGCUCGCGAGCACGAGGGCGUGCCACCUGCCCUCCUCGCAGGCCCUCACGCUGCACCUCCCGCCUCUGGGCGCCGCCAACAGUGGUUCUGUGCGCGCGCUUUCGCUGCAGACACUCGACCUCGCGUCCGACGAGCUGGACGCGUCGGGCUGCCCGCGCGUGCCUCGCGUGGCCGGUGCUCAGGAGACGCAGACUCAGUUGCAUGUCGUCAGGGCGGGAGGAGCGGGCACACCACCGCCGCGUCCGCCGCCCGUCCUCAAGCCGGACGGCACGCCUCUGGCCGACGGCGAGGCACCGCCAAAGGAGAAGAGCUUCGUGCAGAAGUACUGGUGGGCCCUUGGGUUGGCCGUCAUCAUGCUGGCCAUUCCGUCGGAGCUUGCGGACAGCGGCGAGACAGAGGAAGGCGGCGAUGCCAUGAGCGGCCCGCGUCUCGGCGGCAGCUCAGGCGCCGGUGCCGGGCCCGCACAGGCUGGCGGCGGCAUGAAGCGCAUCCGCUGAUUGCGCAAGCAAUGGAGACGAGAGACA